AUGGAUUUGCUGCAUUCACUGAAGCGAUCAGUCGCUGAGUUCAAGACUGGUUUCGGCAAGAUCAAAGCCGGUGAGCUCGCUGACUACGCUCAUCUUCUCCAUCAAUCGCUCGGCAUCCGACAAACGCUUUGCACACUAGAUGCAAUUCUAUUAGAUCAUUACCGCCAAUCACAAGUGAAAUGCUCGCAAAAUGGGCGAGUGGAACUUGAUCGUGGCGAUGUGCAGCCGACUUUGUUGAUUCACCGCUUCGCAUCAUCUGAUAUUAUUUCGCUACCCAAUAGAUUGCUCGAUUCGACUCAACGCGAAAUUUCUCAAGAAUUUUAUCAGCAUUGCUCGGAAGAAACGAACCUCGAAACGUCUUUCAUUGUCGAAAACAUCAAAUUGUCUCCAACACGAGCCAAAAUGUUCAAAUUCUUUGAUGAGCCUCCUUCAACUGGAAGAACAAAACAAGAGGACUUCUAUUCGAUUGACGAGUUACCAGCCGACGCAAUGCUCUUCUACGAAAAUCCCCUUGAUGUCGAUGAAAAUGUUCUCGAGCAACGAUUUCUCACAACAGAAUUGGCCGACCUUCCGAUGCGAUUCGUGACACAAUUCUCCGAAAUGCUUCUUCAACCGCCCAUCGAGAAAGCCGAGGAAUUUGAGGCUUACAUGAUUUACGCUAUUUCACCAAUGGAAUUCUAUGUGCUCAAGAAACAAGAUUUUUGGAUACGAUCAACGAUUGAGUGCCUUUUGAUGGACGGUGAGGAGGAGUUUAUGGGUGAAAGGCGAAAUAUUCCGUUUCCGGGUCCUGGUGAGGAUUUUGCUCCGGAUAUGCCCUGCUUGGCAUGGGUGAACGAUCGACUCAAUCGAGCAAUCAUUCGCUUUUCUGGCUUCCAGGAUGUUCAGGUGUUUCUUAUCGACUACGGAACAUCACAUCUCGUUGCUCCCGAUGAUCUCUUCUAUAUGCCGUUUGGGAUUGCGACAAUUGUUCCCGGAUUGGCCGUGUUUUGUACACUUGAAGAUGCUGACAGUCGAAUGCUUGAUACAGCUGCAUGGAAAACUUUUUUGGACAGUUUUUCUGAAGAUUUCGAAAUCAUCAUCAGAGGUUUUGGCACAAAGCGUCGAACUCAUGGGUAUUUGGUUCAAAUCAUCGACUCGCACACGGGGACUCCGCUCAGCUUUGGCGUUCACUCGACGUCGUGGAAAGAAAUGCGCAAAGUUCGCGCUGAAAAACAACGUGCGCUUUCUGUUUCGCCUCGUGUGAUCUCGACGACUGCGAGUUGUCGAUCGGCAAGUUUGGAUAUGGAUCUUGAUGAACUCGAUACUAUAGUAUCAUCGACAAACGAAAUCAGUGAUCGAAGCAAAGAUGGCACUUCCAUCCAUGAAACCAUCUCGAAACUCUACAAGUGGAAACGU